AGCAGGGGGCUGAGCUGAUCCCACGUGUGACGCUUUCAUUCCCGGCUCAGUAAUAUUCUCAUAGCGGGGCUUUGCAUAUCUCCUGGCCGUAUCUGUGUGUGUCUGUCCACUGUUACUGUAGUCCCAGCCUAUAGUUUGAACUAGAUAUGGAAGGAGACGGGAGUCAAGCCACAUCCGGAAGCCUAAACGAUUCACAACAUGACCCGGGUAAAAUGUUUAUCGGUGGCCUCAGCUGGCAAACCUCACCAGACAGCCUUAGAGACUAUUUUAGUAAAUUCGGAGAAAUAAGAGAAUGUAUGGUGAUGAGAGACCCCACGACAAAACGCUCAAGAGGAUUUGGGUUUGUUACGUUUACAGAUGCCGCCAGUGUAGAUAAAGUCUUAGCUCAACAACACCACGAAUUAGACUCAAAGACGAUUGAUCCUAAGGUUGCCUUUCCACGUCGCGCCCAGCCUAAGAUGGUCACAAGAACAAAGAAAAUAUUUGUGGGCGGCUUGUCAGCCAAUACAGUAGUGGAGGAUGUGAAGCAGUAUUUUGAACAGUUUGGGAAGGUUGACGAUGCCAUGCUUAUGUUUGAUAAGACGACUAACAGACAUAGAGGAUUUGGCUUCAUAACUUUUGAGAGUGAAGACAUCGUAGAGAAAGUCUGUGAAAUUCAUUUUCAUGAAAUCAAUAACAAAAUGGUAGAAUGUAAGAAGGCCCAGCCCAAGGAGGUGAUGUUCCCACCAGGCACACGAGGGCGAGCCAGGGGUCUGCCCUACACCAUGGAUGCCUUCAUGCUGGGGAUGGGCAUGCUGAGCUACCCUAAUAUUGUGGCAACGUACGGCCGCGGAUACACUGGAUUCGCACCCAGCUACAGCUACCAGUUCCCCGGCUUCCCAGCGACAGCAUACGGACCGGUGGCGGCGGCGGCGGUAGCAGCAGCGCGUGGCUCAGGUAGGGGGGCCCGUGGAAGAGGCGGCUACUUGGCGUACCCACAGAGCACAGGGCCAGGCCUCCCCGAUUAUGGGUUUUACUCUACGCCCAGUGACCAGAGGGGGGGGCCCUGCUCCUUUGCUGACUAUGGCUCCCUGGGGCCCCAAGCGGCUCAGAUGCUGCACAGUGAGCAUGCCACCUCCGCCUGCAACUCCCCCCUCCAGCACCUACACAGCCCGGAUCAAUUUAAGAACCCAGGCGCCAACCCGUCAAGGCCCGGAGGUUUCCCCGGUGCUAACAGUCCGGGGCCUGUGGCUGACCUGUACGGACCCAGCAGCCAGGAUUCAGCUGUGGGCAACUACAUCAGUGCUGCUAGCCCUCAGCCUGGCUCCGGGUUUGGCCCCAGCAUCACAGGCCCGUUGAUUGCGACAGCUUUUACAAAUGGAUACCAUUGAACAGGUGGCCGGUUGCCAUCUCAUCAGAGCAGAGUAUAUCUGGUGGCCCAGGAAAGACAGGACGAAGUUUCUAAUUGGCUUUGUGUGCAGGUGAUGCUAUCCAACUUCAAGCACUACAGCGUCACCUAGGCAAAAAGAACGAAAGUCGGAACCAUAUGAAGAAGAAAAGAAAAACGUUAGUCAUCUCAGAAAAAUAACAACUGCUGUACUAUAAUCCAAACCUCCUAUAACUUUACAACCUGGUUUGGUAUGAUGUUUCACGUCGAUUUCAUUCACCGAUUUCCUUCCUCUGUUAGCUUUUGUUUUGAUUAGUUUUUAAGGAGUCAUUUUAGUUUUAACCUUAAUUUUUGUGUCAUUUUAUUUGAUCUUAUAGUAUAUUUGUGUAAAUGGAUUUUGUUGAAAGUUCGGGGGUCAUAGCCAAGAAUAUCUGCAAGUCAUGUCUUCAUCUUUGGAGUGUUCACGAGAAAUGAUUGGAUGUUCCAUUCAGUCUUUCUGCAAAAAAAAAAGAAAGUUCAGCGUGGUGAGAAUUGGAGGGAAAAAAAAAAAUUUAAGGAAACUUUACAGAGGGUAUCUAAGUAAUAAAUCUUAGUAGCUGUUUUAUUUCUUGUGAUGUCUCAUUGUUAACCAUAAUUACCUAUUUUUGGGCAAUACAAAGAGGACUCCAAUAUUUUUAUGGUCCUUUUUUAUAAGUGUUGUUUUUGUUGUUUAGAAAUAUAUAUAUAUGCUAUAACAAAUUUCAUAUAACUACAUUGUGAAUUCAAACUUGAGAAAAAGAAAUGUAGCUGUACAUAUUAUUCCAGUCACUGCAUAUAACCAACUCAGUGAGAGAAUAGCAUAUUUUUGUGAUGGUGUGUCAAAAGAACAUGUUAUAGCGUGUGAAUAGAAGAAAAAAGCUGUAAACAGUUAAUUAUUAUACUUUUUCUGCUGGAAGACGGUAUAAACGACCCCAGAGACAAACAGAACACAGUUUCUCUGUAAAUACCGAAGACGAAUAAUUUUACAAGUGUCAUACCAGCAAAUUUACAAACGGUGAGUUGAGUCAACACAGUUUUAAGAAAUAAAAAAAAAGAGCCUGAUUGGUAUCUUUUGUUUAACUGUUAAGAUAUCAGUAUCAUUUCAAAGAGAGAGACAGAGAAAGAAAAAAAAAAAAGAUGAUUUAAUCCAAAGCACACUGUACUUAGAUGUGAAGAUUAGAACUUGAACCAGGCAUUUUACAGUGCUCUGUGCGUCCUGACACUUUUAUACUCUUGAGAGGAACUUAGGUGUACGUUAUUGUUUGUUUCAUCCUGCUUGUUCCCGAUUCGUUUUUAUUUUUUGGAACACAAGAUCUGGGCUCUGUGCUGGAGCCUUUAUGUAACGCUUGUUCUCUGAAUCAGUUAUUUUAUGAAUGAAUUAGGAAAGUCAACAUUUUGAUACCAUACCUCAGCCUUUGCGAGUUCUAUUGUGGAAUCAAUGGCAGGUUUUAAUUUAUUCUAGUGGCAAAAUAAAUGAAAACACUGAAGGGUCAUAAAGCGAGUAAUCAUUGCACUGUGAGUAGUAAAGUACAGGCCAUUUUCCUAUUUGCACAUGUAUAUGUCGGCUUUAAAAAAAACGGCCCUGUGCUUUGGGAUAGUAUGAAGGAUUUUGGGGGUUAAUGUAUUCUCGACUAGACAAACACUUCAGAGUUUUGAGGUGAGUUAACAGCUUGGGAGGUAGUAACUGAUAUGUUGCAGUGUACACUUGGAUCUCUUUAUAUAUUAGACCCAUGUCUCAUCUAAAGAUAUUUAUACAGGGUUAAAAGAUGACACUGAAUUAUUCACUCUCUGUCGCUGCACCAGGUGUUACACGGUGUGUGUGGUUAAUGAUUUUGCUCAUGAUAAACAUUUAAUAAUAUUAUGCUCCAGUCCGGUUUUUAAAAGUCAUUAAUGGAAUGAGUGGUGUGUUUUUUUUCUGAAAUACUUUACCUGCGGCAGGUGUACUUGUUGUUUUCAUUUUACCCACUUCUUGUCUCAUUUAUUUUUAUUUCAAAACAACCAGGUAAAGAAAUAUGCUGGAUACUUCUAAAGUAAAUGAUAUGGAGGUGUGAUCAAGUAAUAAUUUAACAGAGUAAAGAAAAAAAAAACUUGUAAUGUUCAAAUGUAAAAGAAAAUAAGAAAUACAAAACUAUAAAAAAAAAAGAAAGAUGCUUCUUUGCUGAUUUCAAGUUUAAUCAGAGUUUUAUUGAUACUUUGUGGUUUAUAUAUUAAUAAUUGUAAUAUACUAUUAAAAUGUACUGUGCAUCCAUUGCUUUCUCUCUUUCCAUUCCCCAUCCUCAGAGAUCCUACUUCUUUUGUUGAUCAUUCAUGUAUUUCAUUAGUGUGUAAAGAAAUCACAGUUAACUUGUAAACAGAGUGCUGUCUUUGAUACCAGUGUAGUGGUCUUUGUUGUUCUCCCUUGCUCUACCUCUCCUUUCUCUCAUAUUUAUCCCUCUCCCCCUUCGCGCUCUUUUUCUAUCUCCUGUAAUUACAAAGUAGAUGUUAUAUAGGACUCAUUAAUAUAAUACUUGUAGUGAAUAGUGGAUUUAGGACCAGUCAAGAUAGACCUUUCUCUAAAUGAUCAUGUUAUUCUGAGAUUUGCAGACAAUUAUUUUGAUAGCAGUUCAUUGUAAUUUAUUCCCUGUAUGUUUUAUCUUUUGGUUCGGUUUUUGCCACUCUCACAUGGUUUCAGCUAACCAAAGCUCUCAUGGAUGAACAAUAGAGAAACAGUUGCUGUAAGAUGGAAUUGUACACAAGGCAUUAUUUGGAUCCCCACCCUUGAAUGUUUUAAAAGGGGUGUGCCAUACUACCUUAAAUGCUAACGCUAGAUAUGCAAAACUGUUAUUUUUGAUUACUUUCUAAGAGGGACACAAGUUAAAAUCAAGAUCUUUAUGUAAAAAGUAUUUCAUAUUUUUUUAAGAAACAUACCAAUGAUUAUCACACUAGUCAAAAUACCAGUCAUAGUGCUGUUUAAAUAACAUGUUUAAUAUUUGUACACUUAGAAAAUACCCCAUAUGUUGUUUUUAGACAGUAGCUCUUAUUUCUGUCAAAACUUAAAUUUAUAAGUCUAAUCAUUUAAAGCGUAGAUUCUGGGAACUAGCUUUUGUCUAAAUCGGCAAUCAAUGUUGUUCACACAUAUUAACAUUAUAGAGGCGUAACUGUACAAAUGAAAAAGACCUACUGCAAAAGACUCAUAAACAGAAGACUUCUGUCUCAUAAGCAAUACUAGCAGCUGUUAAAGGAUGGGCUGUGAAGCAGGGAAUUCAUGUCCUGACAUUGAACCAGCACCCUAAAGCUGUGAUUCAUUGCUGAGAGCAGAAAAGAUUAUAUUUAAGCUGGAGUUUAAAUGCUCUAAGUUUCUGUAAAAUUCCAUGUCGAAGGAUGCCCAUAAUUCAAACCUGAAUCACACAAACAGCUGUGUUUCAAGCAAAAAAAAUAUAUAUAUUAUAAAGCCUCAAGCUGUGAGCACACUGCGAGUUAUUAUUUUUUUUAGAAUAAUUUCAAUGACAUAAUUCAGGUUUAUCACAGUUAUUUCAUUAUUUCACCUCAUGGGGUCUUAAAAUUGAAUCCUGUUACAUUAAUAAAUAACAUUAGUGUCUAUUCGUUUUCCUCAUCCAUUAUAGACUGUCAAAUGACAUACAGUAAACACAGUAAUGGCAGCUUUGAUAGUGACGCUAAAAGUCAAAUUAUUCCAAUGAACCAGCACAUAUACGGGACAAUGUGUUAUUUGGAAAUAGGAAAAAAAUAAUAAUCCCAAAAGACAAUGUCAACAUGUCAAAUAAUUUUAAACUUUACUUUAAAAUGAUAAAAUAAAUUGAUCGCAUUCAAGAGUGCAGGGAAAGUAUAAAAAAAACAAAGGAAAGCAAAAAUAAUAUCUAUUCAAAGAAAUAACAUGUUUCAAGUAUUAAUGCUCAUGUUCGCCACAUUUGCACAUUUUAGUGUCAAAAGAUAUCUUACAGUCAAAAACAAUAAUAUUAAUAGGAGUACCAACGUGUAUGUGUACUAGCAAAGUUAGACAGGGUAAAAUAAAGUGUCCCUCUGUUUAAUUUGCAGCAUUGUUCCUUUCUUUAUCUGAAUAUUUUAUCAAAGAAUAAACUAUAACUCAAACCACCUACAAACCGAUAAUAGAAGCUCCAAAUUUCGCUGCCAUUUCAUCUGAAAAACAAAUGUGCAACAAGUAUGAAAUAUAUUAUUUAGCUUUUCCCGCUGUUGCAGUGCCUGGUGGCUCAAACUUCAAUAAACCCUUUCUGAAUGAAAUGGCUAAUUUUCCCUCUCACAAUAUACAGAUGGACUCUUCCAUCGUUUUGUGAUCCUGUAGCUUGGACUUUAAGGUAGCAUGGCUCUGUUGCUGUAAUUUCAUUUUAUCUCAAACUGACAGCAGUUUACAGCUGAUGAAUGUUACACAUCUUAGUAGGCUAGCGUAUCCAUUUGGGGAGAGGGGAGGGGUCUUGAUUUAACAAAAAAAAAAUAAUCAAAAAAGAAAAAAAGUCAACCUGGAAGGUGUUGACAUUUGUAGUGUACUACCGUAUCCAUUUAAACUUGAAUCUUGAGGCAAGUGCUAGGCAAUGGCCAAACGAUUUACCCCAUCCGCUGUGGGAGAAGCCCACCCUGAAACCACACGCACUUGUGAGAUUUCUGUCCUCUUGAAUCUGUUUUAUGGACAAGAACAACUGUCCCUAAAGAUGGGACGUCAGACGAGGACUGUUUCAGGCUCUGCUCUAUUUCCAACUAAUUGAACAGACUUUGAAGGCUCAUUGAACGUUCUUGAGCAUUUACACCCAAAAAGCGGCUUAUUCGUAGUGGUGCUAAUGGUUUUAAACCAGACAAUGUACCCUUAUCUCUGAGAGAUACUGGAAACUGUCACAGUGACCACAAAGUUAGUCUCCCAGUCCACAAAGUGACUCCCACUAACACCACAGUUUCUAGUGUCGGCUCUCCUGUUUUUUCAAAUUUAGACUGAACCCUUCAAGGUGACAGAAAUAGCACAAGUUCAACUGUUCUGUUGUGUUUCAGGGGGAGUGUCCCCUUCAGUUCAAACCAUUGCCAUCUCACCCAUGCUCAUUGCUGAUUAUAUACAAUUGCAAUGUAUAUGUGUAUAGAUGAAUAUAUAUAUAUUUGCAAUUUCACACAUUUGAACAAUGUUAGACUGGAGACCUCCGCUGUAUACAGAAUACUCUUCACACAGCUCCACCCAGGUUCAUUAUUAGCUUAUGUUCACCAACACGAGAGUUCACCCCUGGCGUGUUGUCGAGUUUGGAGCAGACCGCAUGGCCUAGAGGGGAGCCUGGAAGCUCUUCAGACUGCAUGGACGGCAGUGUGAGGCUCUGCUGUGCUUCCAUGUUUCUGCAGGCUGAGCACAGAGCUCUCUUCACUGCUGUCUGCCCAUUCCUAACACUUGCCCCUUUUUUUUAUGUUAACCGACUUUUUAUGGCGAGAGACAGACAGACUUGACUGACAUCUGAAAGCAUCUUUCAGGUUAUCAUAUGGCUUGCUUAAGCCCUGUUGUAAAAAAAAUAUACUAAAAAAAAAAAAUGAUAAUAAUGACAAUAAUAAUAAUGGAUGGGGGUCUCUCACAUAUCAAAUGUGGAAAGUCUAAUUUUAUAUUUGUAUUUUCAAAUAAUAAUAUUGACAAAAAAUGUCUGUGAAAGGUUUCCAUCCUCUACUGUGGUCCAGAAAUUGAUG